AUGGCGCCCUUUUCACUGAAGGUCGACGGUUCCUCACCGCAGUGCACCACACCCUCGGAGAGGAACGGGCAACGUUUCGUUUCGGUGAAAGUCGGCUGUCUCCACAUCAAUCCCACGUCCAAACAGGGCCGCCGUAAGUUCCUAAUGCAACUGCUGGCGCUCUGCUUCAUCCCCCACGUCGCCCUCAUCCUGCAGAACUGCUCGAGCAUGGCCCAGCUGUCAAAGACCCUGGACGCCUCGUUAUAUUUGGACACGGAGAUCCACACUAGCCUUGUAGCUGGUGAGGCCGUGAUGUGCAUUCAAGCUGAGCGUCUGCUAAUCACGAAGACCAUCCACCAAGGCCAGGACUCCCCACACGAAAGCAGG